UUUUAAUUUAGUUAGAUAAUAAUUCUUUUCACUCAACAUGCACCGUAAGUCGUAUGUCGUAAAGGACAUUCAGAAGUGAAAGUUGGUAAUUUUUCCGUAUUUUCAUUUGCAAUUUAGUUUGGCUAACUGUCACUUAAACAUUCCAGUUUCAAAGAAAUGUCUGAUAGUGACCAAAAUACUAAUGCCAUCACGGAGGAGCAAAGAAAACAACAGCUAGCAAAAUUGAAUUCAAAUGAAUGUAUAACUGCAAGUGACAGUCAAGACAAUGUGUCUAAUCAAAAGGUCAAUGGCAUUCCAGAUAAAACAGGGGACACAAACAUUAAAACAGGGGCAAUAACAGAUAGUGUUAAUAUAUCAGAACAAACAAAUAAUAGUGAUUCUAUAAAUUCUAGUCGAGAUAAAACUGACACCAUUCAGAGUAAAAGUGUGCCUAAUGAAAUCGUAGAAGACAUUGCUAAUGACAUAUCAGAUGGAAUAGUGAAAGAUUUUUCUAAAAAUAUAGCUACAUAUGUCACAGAGGUAUGUAAGUUUGAUGAACAAUAUGAGAGAGAACAAAUGAACGAAUCGUCAGAAACUCAGGAUAAAGAUUCAGCUAGUUCAAAUAGUGAAAUAAAUGAAAAUUCUUCAGAGGAAAAAGCAAAUGAACAAAAUUCAGAACAAUCAGAAGUAGUUAAAGAAGAAUCAAGUUCAGUCGAAGAGGAAAGAGAAGCAAUUCAACCAAAUCCAGAUAACAUCAAGGAAAAUGAUGUAAAAGAUAAAACAAAAGAAAAAAAGAAGGAUGAGGAUGAAGAUGGUUACUUAGACUUACUAGGGAAUGGUUUAUUAAGGCAAAAGGUACUUGAUGGAGAAGAUGUUGAAGACAUAAAGCCUUAUCAUGGAGAUAUAGUGACCAUUAACACAAGUGGCAAGUUGGAAGAUGGGACUGUUGUUGACACUUUAGAAGACCUGAGUUUUCCUGUUGGUGAAGGGGAUGUUAUACAAGCAUGGGAUCUUGGUGUUAUGACAACAAAAGUUGGACAGACAAUUGAAUUAACUACAGAUGCAAAAUAUGCUUAUGGAGAACUGGGAAGGAAUCCUGACAUUCCUCCAAAUGCUACAAUUACAUACAUGAUUAAAUUAAAAAAGAAGGAAGAAGCUCCUGAUAUUAAUAAAUUGGAUGUGGAUGAGAGACUUGAUAUGGCGGAAAAGAAAAGAGAACGAGGCAAUGAGGUUUUUGGAAGAAAUGAUUAUGCAGGAGCAAUUAAUUCAUACAAUAAGGCAAUAAAGAUUUUAGAAUCCGGUUCAUUACAAGGAACCCCUGCAAAACUGCAAGACCUAGCAGACUGUAGACUAAAGUGUUGUAAUAAUAUGGCUGCUUGCCAACUUAAGGUAGAAGCUUAUGAUGCAGCUAUAAAAUCCUGUCAGUCAGUGUUAGAUUUACAGCCGCAAAAUGUUAAAGCUCUCUUCAGACUUGGAAAGGCUCAUACAGCAAAAGGUAAUACAAAAGAAGGGAUUCAGUACUUACAGAAAGCCUUUAGACUGGAGCCAGAUUCUAAGGUUAUUAAGCAAGAAAUCAAGAAAUUAUCUCAGAAAAUCAGCAAAGAAACAGAAUUAGAGAAAGAUAUGUAUAAAAAGAUGAUGGGGACUAAAACAACAACAGCAGCUGCAGCAACAACAACCACUAAUCAGAAGUCGUGGAAGUGGGCAAUGUUAGGUGGAGGAGUGGCGGCUGUGGUGGCAGCAGGACUGGCAGCUUACAGAUAUGGACAUCACUGAUGAUCACUUCAUAUAGCAUCUCAAAUCUCUCAAACCUUUAUCUCCUUGUUAUUUGUAUAAACCUUUUUUUCAAUCAUUUCGAAGACAAAUAAGGCACAUAGUUUUUUAGGCAUUCUUUCAUAUUGAAGCAGUUAUUUUGCUACUCUUAAAAUACAUUUAUUUGUGGACCCCAAUUUUUGUGGUUGUGGAAACUGUUGGCUCUUAUGAUGUUAAUGAGGGCCUAUACAGAAUAUAAUACCUUUACUGUACAUCAUGUAGUGUUUAACGUAAUGUAUACAACAAUAGGCAAAAAAACAUAAUUACAAUCUCAUAAAAAUCAGCUGUUAUUUUUCGCUACGAUACUCUCCACACAUGACCCCAUAUUGAGUUGGUUCAGAUGUUAGAGGGAGCGUAGCGUAUCACAACAUCGGAUUAUAAUCAGAUUGGCAUACUUAAUGAGGUAGUUGAUUUGUUAGUAAUUUUACUCACCUGUAAUAUUGUUAUAUAAAAGACAGUGGCAUUUGUUAACUAGUUUACAGUAAGGAGUCUAAAUACUUAUUUUACCUUCCCUUUCAGAUUCUGUUAGGCAAAUGUAAAAAAAUUAUAACACCCUAUAAUAUAGCCAAGACAGAUGUUCAGGAUGUUGUGGUUAUACAUUUUAUUUGUAUCCCAUAAUCCAUAAAUAUUUACAACAUGUGGAGAAGGUUUGUCAAACCAUUUGGGGCCAAAUUUAUAUGCAUUACUUCAUUUUGAAGAACAGUUUGUUAUGAUUUGAGAUUUUUAUCUGAUGUGUAAUUGUUUCAUGUUGGAAUUGUUUUUUUUAUUCCUUUUUAAAGCUUUUGCUUUUCAGUAGAUGUUUGAAAACUAACAGUUCAAAGAAAUCCAUGUGAAAACUUAAAAGUAUUUAAGUUCAAAUUAGUUGAAAUAUAAAAGUGUCCAAGUUAUUUUAACUAUACUAAGAACUCACUUUAAAUAGCAGAUUGGGCUGAAAGAUAUUUGUCUUGAAAUCUAUGGUUGAUACCUUUAUAUUUUCAUAAUGCAGUUGACUUUCAUGUAACCCUAUUCACAGUGUCUAUGAAGAUAAAGUUCUAUCAAAACAAUAACUACUGACUACUGUAUGUGCAAUAUUUUGGUGAGGGGAUUAGUUUUCACUAAUUUAUAUCACCUUGUGUAUUUUUUUUGGUUAAGAUGUUCAAAAUCAGAGACAAAAAAGACCUGGCCAUAUUAAACCUCACAGAACAUGUACAGGUUUAAUAGAAAUGAGAAUGGACAUGGGGAAAGUGUCAAAGAGUCAACAACCUGACCAAAGAGCAGAAAACAGCCCAAGGCCACUAAUGGAUCUUCAAUGCAGCAAGAAAAUCCUGCACCCGGAAGCGGGCUUCAGCGCAGACAGCUGACCCCUAAGCAAUAAUGUAUUCUAGUUCAGCAAAGUGGACAACACAUUAAACUCUGAAACAUAUAAAACAUAUAAAAAAUAACACAUAACAGUAUUCUAUUUAACAUUUUGAUAAGAAAUUGUUUUCAGAGUAUUGAUUGCUGGCCUGAAAGCCUAAUUACCUGUACUUUUAUCAUUAAUGUUGAAAAAUUUGGUACUUUUGAUAAACCGAUUUGUAGAAAAUUAAAUUAACAACUUUUAUUUCUUUGCUAUCGUCCUCUUUACUGUUUUGGUAUAUCCAGCAUAUGGACCUUAAAUAGAUUUUCUCAUCCUGUUAAAUGCACUCUUUAAGGAUGUCUCUUAAAAGUGUUGAAUAAGCUUAACUUCCGUAUCAUUCAGUAUUAAAACUGUUUUGAUAGGAAUAAUGAAUUUUACCAAAUUAUUUCAAUUAGAAGGGAGUAAACAUAGUAUUGCAAUAAAAAAAAUAAAUAAAAAAAGCCCAUUAAAAGUUACUUCUAUUCAUAUCUUUCUUAAAUAUGACUUAUUGAAUAUUUUAUCAUUUUUUGAUGUGGUAGAAAAUUAAUUUUACAUUGACAAUAAUUGCUAGAACUUAUUUUAAUUAUUUGACCCUGUUAUGCAUGUUACAUGAUAUCGUUUUAUUAUAAUAUUUUCUAAGUCGGAAAGACUGCGUACAAGAAGCUUUUAGAAAAAUGACCCAAAUAAACAUGGAAAAUAGUUUUACCAUUGUUAAAAUAUUGAGUUCUGUACUAGAUAUUCCAUGUUGUUUGUCUUCUGCUAGUAUUACAUGAAUGAAUUGAUUUCUGACUGAAUAUUUCAUGCAUAAUAAUGAAAGUUAUACAUUUAAGCAAUAAUAUCUCAAAUAUAUUGUUUAAUAUAUAUGUAAUUAAUUCUACCAUUAAAAUUAUCAUAAUUAUGUAAGAAUGUAUGUGAAUACAAAGCAAAAUUUAAUAUUUCAGAGAAAUAAACAUAAUUUUGAUGUA